UGCUGUAUCUGCACCAUAGAGAUGCACUCCGGGAAACUUGACAGCCAUCGUCUAACAUUUCAACGGAUGGGAGAGACAGAGGUUUAGCUUCUGCGAGUUGGGCACUCACUAACUGACAUGGCCAGCCUACAUCCAAUGAAUCUGUCGAAGGCAUGGGAAAGAUACAUCCAUUGCAGGCUGCACGGGUCUAACCAGCAGGCAAGCCUUGAAUACUUGGAGAAGUUCCUCUGUACAUUUCAUUAUUCCAGGCAUAUAGGGAAUCUCGGUCUAAAUGAUGUGGUAAAGUUCUGCUCUGAUAUGAGCAGUGCCAGCAACACCUUGGCCAGGGAGUUCUUAACAGAUGUCCAUCAAUUAUGCAAUGCAGUGGCCCAGAGGGCAGAGGCCAGGGAGGAAGAUGAAGAGGAAGAAGAAAGCCAUAUGGUGGCUCUUGGAGAGUACCUUGUACGUGGUCGGGGCUUUUUACUUCUUAGUACUUUGGAUUCCAUUAUUGACCAGGAGUUAACCUGCAGGGAGGAAUUACUCACUUUGCUUCUUUCCUUACUUCCUCUUGUUUGGAAGAUCCCAGUGCAAGUGGAGAAAGCACCAGAUUUCUCUUUACCUUUGUUACUGGAUGUCAUCUUUCCUACGGAAUAUAGGAAAAACCAAGAGACAACAGGUUCUGAGGAGCUGGGGUCAUCUAAGAAUGCUGUGGGCAAUAAGUUCAAGGCACGACAUCUACGUCGAAGCAUCCAUCGAUACUCUAUUCGGAAUGCACAAAAGUCCCAGCUUUCUACAUCAGACUCUGAUGCCACAUCUGAUGAUAGAACUUCCUUUUCAAGCAAACACAGAAGGUCGCACGGCUUGCCUUCUCUUAUAAGCCACCAGCACCACCCAUCAUUUGCCAGAGAGUUUCAAAUAACAGAAACCAUGAAUUCCUUGGACAGAACUGAGCAAGAGCAAUUUGGAUAUUCUAUACAAGACUCUGAUAUGCUGACGGACCCUGCGGCCCUUUCCAUUCUCAACCGUAUGGAGAAUUCCCCCUUUGAUCUGUGCCAUGUCCUUUUAUCCCUGUUGGCAAAGGUUUGCAAAUUUGACAUGGAGUUGAAUCAUAAUCCUGCAUUAGCUGUCAGUGUAGUUCCCACUUUGACAGAAUUUCUAAUGGAGUUUGGUGAUUGCUGUGUACCUGAAGAUACUGCAGCCAGAGGCGCAGGACAAUUAGGAAGUGAAAGUCUAGCCCAUGGCUGGACAGAAGAGCCCAUAGCUCUUGUUCAGAGAAUGAUUCUACGCACUAUCCUUCAUCUAAUGUCUGUAGAUGUAGGACGGAGAGAAUCUUUACCAGACACUUUAAGGAGACAUCUAACUGAUCUUCUGCGAGCAACUCUAAAAAUUCGAAGCUGCCUUGAAAAACAAGCAGAUCCCUUUGCACCACGACCCAAAAAGACCCUUCAAGAGAUUCAGGAUGAUUUCACAUUUUCUAAGAAUCGACACAGGAUCCUUCUGCUUCCUGAGCUGCUGGAAGGUGUGCUUCAGAUACUUUUGAACUGUCUGCAGGCAGCUAUACCAAAUCCCUUCUUUUUUAGUCAAGCAAUAGAACUUAUUCAUGAGUUUGUUCAACACACUGGGCUAGAACUUUUUGAGACCACAGUAUUACAAAUGGAGUGGCUAGCUACUAGAGACCCAGACAUCUCUGGUGAAGCAGCUGAACACGCACAUAGCCUAAUUAGUGGAGUGCUAAAAAUUGUCAGUGCAGUCAAGAAGGCCAAAUCUGAGCAGCUGCACCAAUCACUGUGUGCACGACGUCGCCAUCGCCGUUGUGAAUAUUCACAUUUUCUCCACCACCAUCGCGACCUAUCUGGCCUUCCAGUCUCUGCCUUCAAACAGCUAGCUGGCCGUAAUCCUUUUGAGGAAGAUGUUUCAGGUGGUGAGAUACAUUAUCCUGAUAGAUGUUGCUGUUUGGCAGCUUGCACCCAUCAGUGUCUUCGCCUUCUUCAGAAUUUCUCUUCCUCAAGUGCAACCUGCCUCCAGAUUCUGACUGGAGUGCAAGCUGUGGGUAUCUGUUGUUGCAUGGAUCCUCACUCAGUAGUGGUUCCUCUGCUCCAUGCCUUUCGCUCACCUGCCCUGCGUAGUUACCAGUCCCAAGUGCUAAGUAUUUUAAGUAGGCUUAUCCUUGAGCAGUUAGGUGGUGGACAACCUUCUGAGAAAUUCAAGCUAGCCUCUUGUAAUAUCUGCACUGUGGACAGCAGCCAACUUUUAAGCAUUGAAGAAAUGUUAUAUGGUAGCAGUACACCAGGGAAUGAUCCUGGGCCUGGUUUCUCUAGUCCGUCUUACCGGUCACAGGGAAUUCUUCCCAGUGGUGGGGCAGAGGACAUGUUGUGGAAGUGGGAUGCCUUAGAGGCUUAUCGGGAUCUAGUAUUUAAUGAUGAUCGACAGUUAAGCCUACAGAUUGCAAACCAUAUUUGUCAGCUGGUUCAGAGAGGAAAUGCUAUUGUUCAGUGGCAGUUGUACACUCAUAUCUUUAAUCCAGUCCUCCAGAAAGGAGUCGAACUAGCCCAUCAUGCACAGCAACUUGGCGUUACCACCUCUUGUACCCAGAUUUGCAGCUAUCAUAGCAAGUGCUUGUGGCUGGAUGUCCUUCACGUCUAUCUCCAGACAUUACCGUUGCUGUUUAAAUUCAGGGUAAUUAGAGAUUUGUUUUUAAAUUGCAAUGGAUUAAACCAAGUUACUGAGCUAAUAUAUUUGGACUCAGUAAGAAUAUCUGCUUUAAAAGUGUUUGAGACGUUCAUCCUUUGUAUUGGAGAACAACAGAUGGGCAUAGGUCUUCAGGAAUUAGAGACCAUAGAAGCUACAAAGAGAGAGCCUGAUGAAAUCAUUAAGGACUAUUCAACUUUUAACUCUUUGGGCAAAGUCAUAAGUGAUACUCCUCAAAGUUUAAGCAAGUUUUAUGCAGGGUUGAAAGAAGCAAAUCCGAAGAGAAGGAACCGUGGAGUUAAAAGCAACAGUGAAGCACACUUUAAUGCUAUCAAUCUGUUCUUAUGCUUGGCUUUCAUAUGUGUUAGUAAAGAAGCAGAUUCUGACCGGGACUCUGCCAAUGACUCUGAGGACACUUCCGGAUAUGACAGCACCGCAAGUGAGACUUUACAUGGCCGUCUUCCUUGCUUGUCCCCAGACAGUGUGGUUUUACCUUCUCAAGAUCAAAUCCGAAAGGCAGCUGAUAUCUGGUCUGCAUGCCGUGGGAUCUAUUUGUCCAGCCCCAUGUUCCAGAAGCAGUUCUUCAAAUUAGGUGGAUUGGAUGUCUGUAAUCGCUUAAUGAUGAUUUUAAUUCAGAACUUGUUGCCAAGGCACAUAGACUUCACAGUUAAAAAACAGGAAACCAAUGCUGAAAAUAAGUGUUUAAAUGAGCACACCAUCCCAAACCAAAAUAUUCUUUUGGUGUCUGGUAUUUCAGAUACUGCCAGUAAUUUGUCUGUUAAAGGAGAGGCAACACUGCCUUUUACUGUGAUUCAUAAUGAAGAUCAUAGCUUGCGGGCUGAACAAAAUGUUGGAGUUAAAGAUCUUUCUGAUAAGACUGAUGAGUGGUCCUUCCAGAGCAUACGACUUUUUGAAGCCCUCUUGGUAAUCUACCUCCACAGUGCAAGUUCAUGUACCCAGAAAACAGAACCCGACGUUUUCUCUAAGAAUUUAUCAGUGGAUGAAAUUAUGUCUGAAAUUCGGGAUCAGCUCUACAAAUCUGCUGUAGUCUCUUCUGAACUAGCCAAACCAUUGUUUGACUCUCUGCUACGUGUUGCACUGUCUGAGACUUCUACAGACUCUGAAAAAUGUGAAUUGAAAGCAGAAAGGAAGCAUCAGUUAGAUGGUGAAUCUUCCUGUCAGCCAAGUGAACUCUCUGAAGAUGCAGAAGAAUCCAGCUGUCACAGCAUCAAGUUGUUCAAAGAAGAGGAGGGCUAUGAGGCCGACAGUGAGAGCAACCCAGACGAUAAAGUUGCUAAAGAUGAUGCCGCAAGACAAGAUUCUGCCCAAAUUUUGGAGAAUGGACAUGAUAAUAAACUGGAGAGCACUGGCAAUGGUGAACUUUUAUAUCCUGAAAUCUGCAUGUUGGAACUGCAGCUGCUGUCCACCUGCUCACCACAUCUGGAAGUGCUUACCCAUACCUUCCAAAGUCUGCUGUCAGCCAUCAAGCGUAGUCAUCGUAAUACUAUGCUAAUGUAUCAACAAGGGGCAGUCAGAACAAUUUUGGGAGGUUUCCAAAGUAUUUUGAGCCAGUCAGAAUCAUCAUUUUCAGAAUGUCAAGCAGUGCUGGUUGAUCUCUUGGUCUCCCUGGUCACUUUUCAGAUUUCAUCAGAUGAACUUGUGCUGCUUCUUCGUUUAUUUUUAGAAAAAAAUCCUCCUACAGAAAUUCUUCUGAAUGGGUUCUUAAAAAUUGUGGAGGACAAUAUGCAUAUGGCUCCUCAGCAGUACCUAGCUUUUCCACUGUUCAUAAAUGCUAGUUCUGCCAAUUCAAUUUUGUCGGCUCCAAAGCAAACAUCUGUCUUAAGUGCUAAGACUGCAGCUAUUCUUAAACGUGGAAAGAUGACAACAAGCAAGAAAGACUUUGAUGGGGACAUUUUAAGUCAUCAUUUGUCAUCAUCUUGGCAUGUAGCACCUAUCCACCUUCCACUAGUUGGACAGAACUGCUGGCCACAUAUGGCAGAUGGCUUUAGUGUUUCUCUUUGGAUUAAAACAGAGUGGCCUCUUGAGAGGUCUGCAGAGAAAAGGAAGAAACCAAAGAGAAGUAAGCUGGUCGCUUUUUGGGACAGCAGCUUGGAUAGUGCAGAAGUUGAUAAGUCUACACCCAUUGAUUACCAAAGUAUGGCUACUAAUGGAGAUAAGUUAGUUGAAGAUGGAUGUCUUCACUUGAUUUCCUUGGGUUCAAAGGCAUUAAUGUUGCAGGUGUGGACAGAUUUAAAUACAGGAGCAUUUAUUUUCAGAAUUUGCAUUGAUCCAAACGAUGAAAUGAAAGCAGGUGUAUUGGCACAAGCUGAGUCGCAGGAGAGUGUUCUGACUCAUGGAACGUGGCAGCAUAUAGCCUUUACUUACCAUCAGCAACCAGAAAGCAAAAAAAAUGUCCAUGGGAAGCUAACAAUCUGGGUGUCUGGUGAAAGGAGAUCAGAUGUUGCAUUAGACUAUGCUAUUCCGAGAAAAACUAGUCUGUCAUCUGACAGCAACAAAACAUUUUGUAUGCUUGGGCAUUGCACUUCAGCUCAGGAGGAUCUCACAAGAUUAGUUGGCAGAUGGCAAAUUGGGAACCUUCUCCUGUUUAAUGGCUCAGUAAUUGGUGUUGAGGAGGCAUUCCAUUUGUAUACUUCUGGUCCUGAAUUAUCCUCCAUCAUGCCCUGCAAGUAUGGAAAAUCAAAACUGAAUUACUCCAAAUAUAUUAGUCUUGAGAGAUUACAAUGUGAAAAACUUAAGGAACUCUUGAUGAAAAACAGUGACGUUGACACAGGGCCACUAGUGGAAAGUCUGGCUAUUGUUUAUGCUUCUAGCUCUCCUUACCAUUAUACUAUUUAUGAACCAGUGAUCCGACUAAAAGGGCAAAUAAAGACAGUGCCCUCUCAAAGACCAUUCAGUGCUAAAGAAAUUCAGAGCACCAUACUUGACUUGAUAGCCCUGAAAAGCCUCCAGAUUUUGGAAAACCAGGGACUCCAGAGUAUACUGCAUAAAAUUGGGGGCACAGGUUCCUUUAUCUUCCUCUUUGCCAGGGCAGUGGAGCUCAGUGAUUGUGAGAAGAUCCAAGCUUUGGCUUUGCAACUUGUGCUGUCUUUAUGUAAAUACAAUUCACAUAGGAUUCAAGAGAUGGACAGUUCCAAUGGUUACUCCAUGAUACAUCAGGUUCUUAUUAAAUCAAAAUGCAUUGUUGGAUUUUAUAUGUUAAAGACAUUGUUGGAUGGUUGCUGUAGUACUGAAAUCCUGAAUAUGAGUGAAGAAGGGUGUCUUAUUUUGAACCCUGAAUCAAAUGCUGUCAUCCAGGAUGUUAAACUGUUAUCUGAGGUUCUGUUAGACUGGAAAGUGUGGGCUAAAGCGCAGUCUGGUGUUUGGGAAGCAUUGCUGGCUGGUUUGGAGAUUCUUAUACGAGUAAACCACCCACAACAGAUGUUUAAUAUCAAGCAACUUCUCAAAGCUAAUGUGGUCCACCACUUUCUUCGCACAUGUCAAGUGUUGCAGGAGCAUCGAGAUGAACACUUGAAAUCUAUACCCAGACAAGUCUGCUGCUCAUUUGUGAAAAUUAUUCAAGAGGUUCUUGGCUCACCUCCAGAUCUAGAUCUUCUGAGAAUGAUUUAUAACUUUCUUCUGGCAGUGCACCCACCCACUAAUACUUAUGUCUGUCACACACCCACAAGUUUUUAUUUUUCCCUGCAUAUUGAUGGGAAAAUCUAUCAGGAAAAGGUUCAGUCAAUGAUUUACCUGAGACAUUCUAGCAGUGGGGGAAGGACAAGUGGAAGCCCUGGACCACCAGUUACACCAUCUGGCUUUACAGAGGCACCAUCCGAAGGUUUGAAUAUUGAUUAUUUAUUCUCCACUAGUAGCACAAAUGUUCUGAACAUGUCCAAAGGGUCUAAUUUAGGGAAAUAUGCAUAA